AUGUUUUCCCCUAUAUAUACUUCAGUUGAAGAUCCGAGACGCAGUACUAGCAAUGAUUUCCCUCUUACAAUAGACGAUAAAGAAGUAUUCAGACUUUCCAUUGCAUCUCAGCAAUCUUCCACCACAACCACCACAGCCACAAGCACUUCUUCCAGUCAAAGACUAAGUGUGGCCAGUUGCGAAGAUGAUAAUCAUGUGGCUUAUUCACCGUCAGCUAUUACCCGAACAACCCUGUCACCUUCUUCACGAUAUUUACUAUCCGGUUCAACAACUUCAGAAAACUUCAGAAAUAAAGUGCUAAGUAGAUUUGUACCAUCGUCAUCAAGUCGUCAUCAAAAAUCACUCUCAGAACCUACUUUUGAUGUUAUCAAUAACAACAUUUCAUCACUCGUCGAAAAUAGCAAUGAUACCACUAUCAUUGACCCUUGGUGUAUGUCAGCCAAGUUUGCCAUUGAUAAUUCAAUCCACUCAGACUGGAUGCACAAGUAUGAGCAACCUUCCACAUUUGCUUUCGGAAGAUCCUGGAAAAGAAGAUUGUUUAUUUUGGUCGAUCGAAUUGUAUUUAUUUUUAAAACCGCCAAAGCAACUAAUCCAGCAAGAGAGCAUUUUCUAUUAACAGACGACACAUUUGUUUUUGUCACCGAAGAAUUCAAGAAAGGCUAUAUUAUUGAGCUACGAAAACCCUUAUGCAAAUGGUAUAUCCGAUGUGAUUCUGUCACCCAAAUGAGAUCGUGGUUAGAGUCCAUGAAGAAGAUCGUUGCAUGUAUCAAAAUUGGAUACGAGGGAUUACUAUCAACUGCUAUAUUAUCAUCUAUUACAUUAACAGAUGAUUACAGAAUAUUAAUACCAACUGUAAAUGAAGCUAGUAAAAAAUUAAAUCGACAAAGUUUACCAGUAAGACCCAUUUCUCGCGUCCAACAAAGGCAAUCAUUAGCGGAAAUACCAGACUGGGAAACCAUCCUUCCUCCUCAGAUGCCUCCUCCCCGUUCAAAACCACCGCCAGUACCACCAUGUUUACCAACCGUCUCCGAAGAUGAUUAA